AUGAAUCAAGUUGUGCAAGUGAAACCCAAAGGAGUUAUGGGUAAAUCAGCAAGCAUUUAUAGAAUAAUAUUUUCUAUCGUUUUUAACCUCGCUUUUGUAUACAGUGAGUUGGAAGAAUUUCUUAGCUGGCUUGAUUUGACCAGACAUAAGUAAGUAUCUGAUGAAUUCGCAUUCAUCAAUUAGCAUGAAUACACUUAGCUAAUAAAAUUUAGGUAAUUAAUAAUUCAGUAUAGAACUAAUGAAUUAAAUAAUAAAAUUAUCAUGACUCCUAAGAAUGUAAAAGAAAUAAAAUGCUCUUUUAAUAGUUUAAGUGGACUUUAUAUUUAAUUAUGGAAAAUUUUUUUAGAUGGUGCCAUUCUUAAAUUUUUAUGGACUUUAAAAAAUAAAAAAUUUUUAACAGCUUAUUUGGCAAAAAUAUGAGGAUAAGAAAUUUUGACAACCGACUAUAUUUUAUUUAGGUGAUUGCAGUCGCAAUUGUUCUGGGAGCUGAUGAUGGCUCUUGUGAUAAGCCGAUAAGGUAAAUUUCACAUAGGAGAUAUCUUAUUAUCUGGGUAGUCGUCAACGGCGCUCGUAUACCUAUUUUUGUGCUUGCCUGAACCCCACAAAUAAAUAGAAAUAUCAGAGACACCUUAGUUUGCGUAAUUUUUGUACCUGGAGAAUGCUUCAAUUUUACGUUGAUGAUUGUUGGGAGUGUGUGGGAGUUUACAAGCGAUAGUUGCUAUGAUGAAUUUUACAAUGGUUGGGCUAUGACUUUGGCAGUUUUGAUUUUCGAGUAUGUUAAGAUUGGUUUAGCUUGCCUUGUGGUAUGUGGUGUUAGAGUCUUUACUGGAGGGUCAUUUCUAGAACUUUUUAAGAAAGGCUAG